AUGCCCCUCACAAAAGACAAUCUCUGCCGAAUCGCAACGUUAUUUCUUGACGCUUUCGACAAACUCUCAGCAGAAGCACAUCUCGCCCUGCGCGCGGAUACUUGUAUACACAUCUUUGCCCCAAGCUCCCUCGGUGUGCCAACCAAGAGCAACGAACAAUUUGCAUCCCACCUGACCAACAACAUAAAGCCUGUUCUGGCUGCAUUCCCUGUCACUGCGAAAGAGACACAUAUCCAUCUAACACCUACAGGCGGACAGAUCACUAUAUGGGCGACCGGCAUACCACAUUUCAAAGAAGAAGCAAAAUGUGGGGAGGAAGACGAGGUGUGGAGAUACACGGGAGAAUAUAUAUUCAUGCUUGAUAUUGAUGAUCAGGGGAAAAUCGAGAGGGUGUUAGAAUUCCUUGACAGUAAAGAGACGGAGAAGUUGAGGGGUUUAAUGAGCAGGGCGAAGGUGAACGUCGGAGUGGAUGGAAAGGCGUGGUAA